CACCAUCUGUACCUUAUGCUUUUCUCUCUUUCUCUUCCCAUCAUUUCUCUCAUCCGUCUGCAUUUCUUGUUCUUGUAUCUUGCUUCCUUUCUUCUACUCACAUCCACACUCUCUUUAUUUUCUAUAAAUAAAUAAUAAUACACAAACCUCCCAAAUUAAUCUCUUAUUAAUUUUAUUCAAAUUUCAAACCAAGGAUAUAUAUAUAAAACCAAUCACUAUAUCUAUACAUCCAUAUAAAAUACUCAUAAGUGAAUAUAGAAAAAUCCAAUUAAACAAUCGAAGAACAAAAUCAAUUUAAGGCCUAUUGAUUCCAACACAAAAUCAACUAAAGAACCUAUCUUGUUUAUGGGUGGUGUGUUGCUUUAAAGACUAAUGUUUUGUGUUUUGUUUUAGCUUUGGAAUCAUCUUUGUCUUGGUGCUUUUCAUGAUGUUGGGUGUUUUAGUUUCUUUUGGGGUGCCAUUUUUAUUUAUUUCCUGUAUUUGUUUUGUGAAGCUUUGUAUUUGACUUUGGUCUUGUAUUUUUUAUUUGGUAAAAAUUGGUCUUGUAUAUGUUAGCUUUACCUGUGCUGAAGAUUGAAGUUUUCAUAAGAAAUAGCAAAUUAUAGAAGUAGUUGUGAAUUUUGUGUUUAAUUAAUCUGUGAACAAAAACAAUUGAAUGGAGAGAUGAAAGAAAAUAGAGUUACAAAGCCAGUAAAUGAUGGGGAGAGAGAGAGAAAAAAAAAUAUGGUACUGAUGGUGCAUGGUAUUAUUUUUCAUCCAACGGUUCAGACAGCUUGCCCACGGUGGGAGACCUAAUCCACUUACCCACCCUAGAAUCCGCCUCAAUUAGGGAAUUAGACUAGUUAAAGGAAAGUUGAAUCAAAAUAAAAAAUUAGUGUACUAGUAAAGCAGUGGAAGAAGGAGAAGGAAAGGAAAAGAGAAAGAGUGGAAGGAGGCGGUUUACACACGUGUGAGGAGGUGGAGACAAGCAAGCUUCACACGAAUCACGGCACUCUCUCUCUAUCUCUCUAUACUAUAGUAGCCCGCCCAGACUUUCACUCCAGAAAAGGGUUUUUCUUCUCGAUCUGCAUUUCUUCCUCUUUCAUGAUUCCUUCGCUAUGGACAAAAUCAAAUCUCACCACACCAACUCCAAACUUCAUCUUCCUCAAGGGAAAGAUCAGAUUCCUAAACAGCGACAACAUCCUGAUUUAUCUCCUGAUUCUAGUUCUUCCAGUGGUGGGGUUGCAGACAAAGAUUCGUUCUCAUUUAAAUUUGGGUGGAAAUCUUCUAAACAAUCAGUUGGAACUCCAAUUAAGAAGUUGUUAGCCGAAGAAAUGUCACCGGUGACUCAAUCCAAAAGAAGUUCCCCGGGUGUUAUAGCUAGAUUGAUGGGGCUUGAUGGCCUUCCAUCACAGCAGUCUACUAAUAAGCAGCACAAGGAUCUACAGAAGUCAACACCUUUGGAGAAAACUCGAAACAGAGGAACAGUAAAUGAAGGCCGGUCGUCUAGGAGAAGCUCAAGGGAUCAGGAAGAAUUUAAGGAUGUAUUUGAGGUCUCAGAGAUCCCGAAGGUAGAGAGCGGUAGGUAUUCAUCUUCAAACUUGAAGGUCAAUGAAGAUGAAAUGUCAUUUAUUGAACAGAAGUUCAUGGAUGCCAAACGCCUUGCGACUUAUCAGGAUUUUCAGUCUUCAAAAGAUUUCCAUGAUACACUUGAGGUUUUGGACUCUAACAAGGAUCUUCUGCUAAAGUACUUGAAGCGGCCAGAUUCUUUGUUUAAAAAGCAUUUGAAUGAUCUGCAAGAUACCCCUUUCCAAUCACAUUCCAGUCAUGUAGAAUCAACUAAUAUGGAGAACUUCGAACAUGAUUUCAAUUGGAGAUCAGAUAGGGAGACAACACAGGUGAAUUACAAUAGGUUUCAUCAGAAGCAGCGUGAUGGUUAUCAUGGCCAAUUUGACAAAAGACGUGUGAUGCAUAAUUCACCAAGAUCAUCAAAGCACCAGUUUAAGAGUAGCCAUGAACAAGGUCCAGUCCCAACAAAAAUUGUUGUCCUAAAACCGAAUCUUGGAAAAUUGCAGAAUGGUACCAGAAUUGAAUCAUCACCUUGUUCUCCACGUAGUUUUAUGUCAGAACAUGGAAAUCAUGCUGAAUUUCCAGAUGUCAGAUUUAGAGGUACUGAAAUGUAUCAAAAAAUAAAUUUGCCUGACAGUGCCAGGUCUUAUAGACACAAUUCUUUAGAAUCUAGAGAGAUUGCAAAGGAAGUAACUAGGCAAAUGAAAAACAGUUUGAGCAAUGGUUGCACGUUGUCUUCCUCUUCUAGAUUUAAAGGAUACACUAGAAAUGAUAGUUCAAGCAGUGUUUCUGGGAAUGAAUCUCCAGAGGAAAUAACAGCAACUUCGGGUGACCCGUUUGACUUAAAUAAACGUAGCAGACGGUCACCGCGUUCUAGUGAAUCAUCUGUGAGUAGAGAGGCAAAGAAGAGAUUAUCAGAGAGGUGGAAGAUGGCACACAAGUCUCAAGAGGUGCAAGGCACCAGCAGGAGCAGCACACUGGGUGAUAUGCUAGCAUUCCCUGGUAAGAGAAUGAAGGGUACACGAUUUGACAGCAUGACUGGUGGGGAAGGUUUCUAUGAUAAGUUUGCUCGCAAGGGUGAACCUUCUGAGUGGGUUGAACCACUGGGUAUCAGCAGCAAGGAUGGUUGGAGGGAUGCAAGCAUUGGAAGUUUGUCAAGGUCAAAAUCUCUUCCUGCUUCUGCUACUGUCUUUGGAAAUCCUAGAACAUACUUGUGUGCUGAAGCACUUCGUAAUGAUCGAUAUAUGGUGCCAAAGGAUCUUAAAAGGGAGAGGAGAAGAGCGACAAAGACUCUUGAUCAUAGACAUGGUAUGACUUCUAGAAGCACAAUAUCUGGUCACAAGAAGUCUUUGUCUUUGGUUUCAUUGAAGCAGGAAGUUAGCGAGUUCUCUCCAGACUUAAAUGCAGUUCAAAAUAACUUAAAGAUCAAUCUUGAAGAAAAUGCACCCAAUCUAGAGGUUCUGACCCCUGAAGCCUUUGAUCAGACCCUUAGAGAUAGAAGUGCUGUUAAUGAUGAUAUUAAGGAUGCUGCAAAUGAAAACUCUGAACCUUCUUCAGAUAAGGAUGCAUCAGCUGGUUCUACUGGUGGAAUUUCAGUCCUCCCUGAAGCACCUGUGCCUGGACUUGAAUCUCCAUGCUGUAAAGAUGCUGAUCAGCCCAGUCCGAUCUCAGUUUUAGAUCCUUCUUUUACAGAUGAUUUGUCAUCUUGCUCAGAAUGUUUUGGAAGUGUCAGUGCUGACCUACAAGGGCUUCGAAUGCAACUCCAGUUGCUGAAGUUGGAAUCUGAAGAACACGUGGAGGGACCUAUGCUAAUUUCAAGUGAUGAAGAUGGCGGGGAAGCAGCUGUUGGAAUGUUAGAAGGCAAUGCAUUAUGGAGAACCGAAGAUAGCUGGGAGUCUUCUUACAUUAUUGAUGUCUUGUCUGAAUCUGCUAUUAUUGAGGCUCGAACUGAUAAUGUUUUGGAAGUUUGGCAUUCUCUAGAAAGCCCUGUGAGUCUUUCUGUGUUUGAAGAACUCGAAGAGAAGUACAAUGAUCGGACCAUUUGCUCAAAGUCUGAAAGAAGAUUGCUUUUCGACCGCAUCAAUUCAGGAAUCGUCAAGAUUCAUGAGCAAUCUACUAACCCACAACCAUGGAUGGUAAAUGCAGCUCUAAGUUUUGGAUCAAAAAGGAUUAAUGGGCUUCAAGAUGGUCUUUUCCAGAUGCUAGGGAGCCAAGGAAAGGUAGAGGAUGAUGUCCUGGGUAAGUUGCUGAUUGUGGAGUCUCAAUGGUUGAAAUUGAGAGAUGACAUUGAUGUAAUAGGCAGAGAAGUUGAGAGAUUGAUAUUAGAUGAUUUAGUUGCAGAAAUAGUCGGUAUCUAGAAAUUUUGUAGCCCGAGAGAAUAGUGUCCUUAGAUGUUUCCUAGUGAUGUAAAUCAAAUAGGGCAAUGUUAAUUUCAUCUGAAGAUGAAUAAAUUAAUGGAUAAUAAUUUUUCCUUUUUUA